AAAUCUGUAACAUAGACACUGAUUUGGUGUUGACAGCAGGGGAAACUAAGUUGACCAUAUCGUCUAUUGAAAGUUGAAAAUAAAAAUGUUAUUAUGCAGGAUGCACAUGCGUUUGUUAUUAAAAAAUAAAAAUGUAUUAACGUCAUCAGUAACUUUUUAUCAUUCUAAAUUAGGAGUAUAUGGUUAUAAUCCACGAUGUCGAACCAAAGGCCUUUUGGAUUCGCAGUCAAAGGAUAACCUUUACACCUCUGAAGUGUUGAAGAAUAGACUCAAAUAUGCAAACGUUGUUCAGCUGAUUGACUCCUACAGAAAUUAUGGCCACUUGAAAGCUAAACUUGAUCCUUUGAAGCUCAAGGAAGAAAAAUGUUUACCAGAGCUUGAUUUAAGACUUUAUGGCAUUGAUGGCACAGACAAAACUGUCAUACCAACAUUGGGCUUACUGCAUGGAAACAGUACACAGAUAGCUCUAUCAGAGCUGGUUCAAACGCUAGAGAGAUUAUAUUGUAGUUCUAUUGCCGCAGAAUUUCAGCAUCUGCAGACACUUGAGGAAAGAGAAUGGUUUGCAGACAAAUUUGAAACUAGGCAUGAAAUAGAAGUCUCAGAUACUCGGAAAGUGGAACUAGCAAAGUUAAUGCUGAGGUGUGAGGCAUUUGAUCAUUUUGUGGGAACCAAAUUCUCCAAUGUGAAACGCUAUGGAGGUGAGGGAGGGGAGAGCAUGAUGGUUUGCUUUGAGGAACUAUUUCACAAGUGUGCUCUAAAUGAUGUAAAAGAUGUUGUUAUUUGCAUGCCACACAGAGGUCGUCUCAACUUUAUGACUUGUCUACUCAACUUUCCACCUGUCAUCGUCUUCAGAAAAAUGAAAGGCCUCUCAGAGAUACCUGUUGGCGCUAAGAGUGUUGGGGAUGUUCUUUCCCAUCUCUAUACAUCUGUGGACUUACCCUAUGCAGGAAAGCAAGUCCAUGUUUCACUGAUUCCUAAUCCUUCCCAUCUAGAGGCUAACAAUCCUGUAGCAGUUGGCAAAGCACGCUCUAAACUUCAGACUAGAUCAUCAGGAGAUUAUAGUGUGGAUUCAGAGUCGCAGCCAAAAAAUGAUGUUUUAUGUUUACAAGUUCACGGGGAUGCUAGUUUUGCUGGGCAGGGCAUUGUAGCUGAAACAUUUUGCUUUGCCAAUGCCCCACAUUUUGAAACUGGAGGCAGUGUACAUCUUAUAGUCAACAAUCAAGUUGGAUUCACAACAGAGUCUGAGAGAGGGCGAUCAUCUCAGUACUGUAGUGACAUUGCUAAAGUGAAUGGCUAUCCUGUGAUUCAUGUGAAUGGAGAUUAUCCUGAGGAUGUGCUGAGAGCAACAUCACUCGCUUUUGACUAUCGUCAGAAAUUUCACAAAGAUGUCAUCAUUGAUUAUAUCUGUUUCCGUAAAUGGGGCCACAAUGAAAUGGAUGAGCCAUCGUUCACCCAGCCUAGAAUGUACCAGGUCAUCAAUAACAGACAAAGUAUUCCUGAUCUCUAUUCAAAGUCUCUAAUUCAAGCAGGUCUUUGUGAAGACAAACACUUACAAGAAAAUGUCACUACAUGGACUUCUCAAUUAAACAACAACUUGGAACAAGUUUCUUCUCAUGAAGUCAAGCCUUUUCAUCUUCAAGGGCUUUGGUCUUCCUUUGUGCAGGCUGGGGAUCAGAUUACUACAUGGGACACUGGGGUGCCAGCAGACAUAUUAAAGUAUGUAGGUGCCAGAUCUGUGACAGUUCCACAGGACCUGAAAGUUCACCCUACAAUUAAAAAGACUCACAUUGAAAGAAGAAUUAAUAGAUUGACAGAGGGAACACAUUUAGAUUGGGCAACUGGGGAAGCCUUGGCUUUUGGCUCAUUGUUACAUCAAGGUUACAAUGUUAGAAUCAGUGGACAAGAUGUUGGCAGAGGGACAUUCAGUCACAGACACUGCAUGAUAGUUGACCAGGAGACUGACCACAUCUAUAUUCCUCUAAACAAACUUUCUGAAACACAGACGGGUUUUUUGGAGGUGGCUAACAGUGUCCUUUCAGAAGAAGCAGUCCUUGGCUUUGAAUAUGGAAUGAGUAUAGAUCAUCCCAACACACUGGUCAUUUGGGAGGCUCAGUUUGGAGACUUUUUCAAUGGAGCCCAGCCAAUCAUUGAUACUUAUGUCACAUGUGGAGAAUUAAAAUGGUUGCUGCAGUCUGGAAUCGUCAUGCUUCUUCCUCAUGGAAUGGACGGAGCUGGUCCUGAACAUUCUUCUUGUAGGAUUGAAAGAUUCUUACAGCAAUGUGACAGCAAGGAAGAUGGAGUGGAUGGGGAUGACGUAAACAUUCAAAUUGUAAACCCAACUACACCAGCUCAGUAUUUUCAUCUGCUGCGUCGACAGAUGGUGAGAAACUUCCGCAAGCCUCUAAUUGUAGCUGCUCCUAAAAUGAUCUUGCGCUCUCCUGCUGCUGUUUCCUCCUUGGCGGACAUGGAGUCAGGGACCCAUUUCCAUCCCGUGCUAGCUGACCCAGAUGUCACACCUGCUGAUGUCACUCGUGUGGUCUUCUGCUCAGGCAAACAUUAUUAUUCCCUGGUGACAGAGAGAGAGACAAGAGCUGCCAGACAUGUGGCUCUUGUCAGACUGGAGAGUCUCUGCCCUUUCCCUACCAAUGAGCUACAGGAGGUACUUAAAAAAUACCCAAAAGCCAAACAGUUUAUCUGGAGUCAGGAGGAACAUAGGAAUAUGGGAGCAUGGACAUUUGUACAACCCAGAUUUCAGAAUCUUGUUGGCUGUAAUUUGAAGUAUGCUGGAAGAAAAGUCCUGGGCAUCCCAGCUGUGGGUAUUGGUGAACUACACAAGGCUGAAGUAACUGACGUCUUGAAUCAGACUUUUGUUUGAUUCAUUCUAGUCUGGUCAAUGGUUGAGUUUUAUGUUUUGGAAAUGUGAUCAAGUAUUCUGUCAGAAUUUGCUUUAAACAAGAGUAUACACUGUAUUUCUAUGCAUACUUUGCAUUUAUUUACUAUUUUACACAAUUUAUUUACAUGUUUCAAUGUUUCAUUGAAAUGUAUCAAAUAAUUUAAUUUUUUUCUUGCAUUUACAUCAAUGUUAUUUGUCUAGUUAUAUUACUAGAACCUAAUGAACAUAAGUAUAGAGACUGAAACUAUUGUGUUAUACAAACAGUAUUUUGAUUUACACAAGAAUCUCAAUCACAAAUAAUGUCAAUGAGAUGCUCCAUGCUUGUUACAUACAACAUAACAGCUAAAGGAACAAUUCUAUUAUCUAUUCUAGUGCAAUUAUCUACUAAACAUUGGUCCAUGAAUGGUACAGACCUUGACUAAGUUUUCUUUAUGGAAGCACAAUAUUGAACAUUUUUAUGAUAACAUUUUGAACAGAAUAGAAUAUGCUCUUACUUAACAUUUUGAAGAUACGAUCUACAUUCUUUAAGCAAUAAAAAAAAAAGCAACAAAGAACAAGUAGAGAAAGUGAUUUAGAGGAAUGUGGAACCAUAUAAAGAACCCUAAGGAAAAACAUGAGAAAAUGUGAGGAUAGUAAGAGUGAGAGAGUUUCUGAAUAAAUAUAAAAAAAAAAAAGCAAUGUGAAGGAUGCUAAAUUGAAUAUUUAGUGUAGCCACUAGCUCUAGAGUAGCAGUUGAUCUUUGUAUUCAAGUCAUUUGUCCGCAUGUUUUCAUAUGUUCUUAGUUGUUCCACUGUCAUAAAGUGAACCUCUAAUACUUCUUCCAUAUUGGUAGAAUAUUAUUUUUAUUCUACAGAAGGGUUAAUAGGACAAACUAAUCUUUUAAAACAAAUCUAAACAUACUAUGUUCUGUAUGUCAGAAGCACCAAAAUAGUUAGCUAUUAAUAGUAAUCUGCCAUAGAAGCAAAUCUUCUAUAGUGAAACUUGGUGUUCUUUGAGUAGUUUAUAACAUAUUUUGUUUUAUUUAUAAUUUGUGGGAUAGCUUACCUCAAUAAAAUGCUGAAAUGAGAACAAGUUUUUUAGAAUUUCUUUUUUAAAGUGUUCCAUUCUGAAGUUUAGCUCAAACUAUAACAAGAGAUUUUUCAUUUUGUUUGCUCUAAUUUUUUGGCUGGGAUAUAUAGACUUAAUAAAUUCUCACAUUAAUGUAAGGGUUGCACAACUUAUUUUGGACUUUCAAAAAUCUAUUUUCAACUUAUAGAUAAUUGAAAUAACCCCCAUAACAAGACCUAAAUUUAAGCUUUCUUAUAUAUUAAUGGACCAUAAUCACAAAUAACAUAAGAAGCCAGACACAUUUAUGUCACAUCAUUUUGAACCCAGCAUUUACCUUGCUUUAAUUUUUUAAAGCAUGACUUUAUUUGUAUUGAUCAUGUUAGAUUUGGUCAAGUGUAUAUGUUUCACUGACAUGCUGAUUUAAUUUUUACUCAUUUAUGACAGUAAAAGCAAUAUUUAGUUUAUUUUUAUUUGAGACAUCCAGUAUUUACUGUGUAUAAGAUGCACCCAGCGAUCAAAGAGAUUUAUUUAUUCUCUGUGUUUAGAUUACUUUUAAAGUAGUAUGAUUGAAAAUUCUCUUCUUAAUGGUUUCUAAGAGGGGUACAUGAAUAGCCUUUUGUAUGUGCAAUGCAAAGUGGCCUCAAGAGCAUUUAAAGCAAUUCUUCCCACUUAAUCUAUUCAGGCCAAUAUAUUUCAUACAUUUUCGAGUCCUCUUGUUGUGUAUAUUAAAAUCAUAUCUGUUGAUUUUCUAGUCAUGUAUUUUUUUCCCAGUUCAAAGAUAAAGUUUUUUGUAAUUGUUAUGUUGUUAUUCUAAAGUGUUGAACGUUUUCAGCUCUAAGUGCCAGUUUUUUAAAAAUCACAUUAUUUGUUUAAUAUGGAUAUUCCAAAUAGGUUAAGUAAUUAAAAUGUUUACUGGUAGAUGCAUUUAAUGUAUCUCUGCAUGUGAAUCAGAUUGGACCUAAUCCAACUGUACUUUCAAUGAAAUGUUGCUAUUAAACUGUGUUGAAUAUUGAUUUGUUCUGUAAAUGUACAGUGUUGUGUUAUUGGCUGGAACAAGAAAAUGUCCCUUUGUUUAAUGUCAUUUUGUUAUUCGUUACAGUUUGAAAAGAUAUUAAGAAAAGUGCAGCUGUAAUAAAAACAGAUUUUACAUUCAUUA